AUGGAAGUUAGUGUGAUUUCAACAGAGAUGAUCAAACCCUCUCCUUCACUAGCAAUUCCUCAUCUAAAACCCUUUAAAAUAUCUCUUUUGGACCAGUUUAUUCCAACAUUUUAUUCCCCAUUCAUCCUUUUCUAUCCGAUCAAGAACGGUGCUCGUGAUCACUACUUCAAAAAAAAUGCCCAAAUCUCCACUCAUUUAAAAACUUCACUUUCAGAAACACUAUCUAGCUUCUAUCCUUUCUCCGGAAGGAUAAAUGACAACCUUUUUAUCGACAAGUAUGAAGAGGGAGUUCCAUUUGUUGAAACCCGCGUAAAGAGUGAUUUGUUUGAUUUUCUAAAAGAUCCUCAGUUGGAGUUGCUAAACCAAUUCCUUCCAAGCUCAUCUUGCCAGCCAUACUGCUUACACUACCAAACAAAUACACCUUUGUUAGCUAUACAGUUGAACAUGUUUGACUGUGGUGGGAUAGCACUUGGCUUUUCCUGUUCACACAAGAUCAUUGAUGGACGUACAGCGAGUGCUUUCCUUAACAGUUGGAGUUGGGCCGCCAACCCUACUGGAUCCAAGAAAUCAUCAAUAGUUCCUGACAAGCUUAUGGAGGCAUCAUCACGCUUUCCCCCAUUAGGGCAACCAUUGUCACAGAUUGUUUCUCCAUUGGCAGGAAAACUUUUGUUCGAUGAUGGCAACUACAUUACUAGGAGAUUUGUUUUUGAUGCCAAGGCAAUAACCACACUAAGGGCCGAAGCUAAAGGUGACGGUAUUGAGAAUCCAUCUCGCAUCGAAGCACUGUCUUGCUUUAUUUGGAAAUCUUGCACGACUGCUGCUAGAUUAAGAUCAGCUUCUUGUAUUUGGCCAAGUUCUAGUUCGUCAAUCGCAGCACAUGCAGUCAACAUACGACAAAGAACAAAACCUCGAUUUUCAAAGUAUUCUACUGGAAAUCUUUGGUGGGCGGCAACUGCAGCCUAUGAAAUGGCUGAUGAUGAUCAUAUGGGAUUGGGUGAUUUGGUGGCCUUAACAAGAGAAGCUUAUUCAAAUAUCAACGCUGAUUACUUAAAUGCUUUCCAAUUAGGUGGUGACGAGUCAGGGGUUGAAGCUGCAGCUGCAAUAUCUAAUAUAUUUGUUCGUAACCCUAAACUGGUGUUGGAGCUCAUGCCAAUGAUGAAGCCACAAGUAUUUUGGUUCACGAGUUGGCUUAAGUUUGGUUUCCAUGAGGUGGAUUUUGGAUGGGGAAAGCCUAUAUGGGUUGGUGUCUGUGGAAAAGUUGGUCCAAGAUUUGGGAAUCUCACCAUUUUGAAAGAAAUUAAUCAUGAACGUAACGGUGGAAUCGAGGCAUGGGUGAACCUAGAUGAAAAUUUAAUGGCUAUAGUAGAAAAUGAUCCUCAAUUUCUCACUUUUGCUACACCAAAUCCUAGCAUUUUAAUGCCCUGA